AUUAAAACAGCAGAUAAUGUCACCAAUUGCAAGGAGGAAGCAGAAGAUGACGACACUUACGUGUUUAUGUUAGGCUCAGAAACUCAAUCAGCCAUGACAUUAAAAGCUAAGGAGAACCCAGGAGAUCAAUAUGGAAUUGGAUCAAAAUGCCAACAAGAAGUCGAGGUGGAUGAGGAAAAGAAAGAUGAUGUAGAAGAUAGCAGAGAGGAGACGGAACAUGAAGAUCAAGAAGAAGAAGAUUCAUGCAGCUUUCACAACAGUCCUGACAGUUUGUAUGCCAGCAUACCUGAUGACCUCGAAGAGAGCAGGAAAGACGGCUUUUUCGGUAGGAGGCCACCUCCUCCCCCCCCUCGAAAUCUGCCUGGCAUCCUAAGAGAGGACGAGCCGCCCAAUUUAUUCCAAGAGACGAAUUUUGUGGAGGACAGAAGAGAAAGAGAACGUGGCGAUGGACUCUCAUGCUGCAGAGAAGACCAAGCUACAUGCGAGACAGACAGCGAGGAGGAACACCCAUACACUUUCAUGGAACUGGAUGAAUGUGUGUAUGAUUUCAUACUGGCUGAGGAGGAAGAGAAAAGGAAAGAACGUAGGUCUUUUAUCAUGAACAGGCCGCCAGCCCCUGCCCCUCGUCCCCAGUGUUCGCCCGUCAGAGAAGAGAACACUCCCUAUAUAGUACAAGUGUUUCAGCAAAAGGCCACUCAAGUGCCCAGUGACAACAACAGGACAUACUGCAAUGCCAGGAAGCCCGCACACCGAGGCCACACUGACACAGUAACUGACAGCACUGUGAAACACAACAUCCCUGCUGAGCAGGAAGAACUCAUCGACCUGCAGGAACAAGUGAAAAAGGGGGAAAUUUCUGUGGAUGAAGCCCUUGACAGAUUUAAACAGUGGCAAAAUGAAAACCAGAGACUACAGUCCACUCAACAG